CUGGCCGGCAGGAUCGCAGCACCCCCGGCGACUUUCUCGGUGUGCGACCCCUGGCUUCGCGGCGUCUUUAGCGUCUUUGCUCCUGCGCAGGAUGCGGCGGCUGCUGCUGGUGCUCAUGGCCCUCGUCGCCUACCGGUCCUCGGCCCGCGCAGAGUCACACUGGUGCUACAAGAUUCAAGCCAAUGCCUCCAACAAUUGUUUGGGGCCAGACCGGUGGGGUGGAGACUGCAAGAAGGACCGCCAGUCUCCCAUCAACAUUGUCACCACCAAGGCACAGGUGAACAGAGCCCUGGGACCCUUCUCCUUCUCCGGCUAUGACAAGAAGCAAAAGUGGACCGUCCAAAACAAUGGGCACUCAGUGAUGGUGUUGCUGGGGAACGAGGCCACAGUUGCUGGAGGAGGACUGGCCACCCGGUACCGGGCCAAACAGCUGCACCUGCACUGGUCCACGGUGCUGGACGCGGGCUCAGAGCACAGCCUUGAUGGGGAGCACUUCGCCAUGGAGAUGCACAUAGUACAUGAGAAGGAGAACCCUAAAGAGGCCCAGGACCACAAAGAAGAGAUAGCAGUGCUGGCCUUCCUGGUGGAGGCUGGAUCCAAGAAUGACGGCUUCCAGCCCCUGGUGGAAGUACUGUCUGCUAUUCCCAGACCCAUGAUGAACACCACAAUGAAAAGGGGCGUCAGCCUGUUCGACCUGAUCCCGGAGGAGGAGAAACUGAGGCGCUACUUCCGCUACCUGGGCUCACUCACCACACCGCCCUGUGAUGAGAAGGUUGUCUGGACUGUGUUUGAGGACCCCAUUCAGCUCCACCGGGACCAGAUCCUCGCGUUCUCUGAGAAGCUGUACUACGACGGAGAGCAGAAACUGACCAUGACGGACAACGUCAGGCCCCUACAACGCCGGGGGCAGCGCCUGGUGUUCAAGUCCCAGGCGCCAGGACAGCUGCUGCCCCUGCCGCUGCCUGCUCUGCUGGCCCCCACGCUUAGCUGCCUGAUGGCUGGCUUCCUCCGGUGAUGGUUCACGUCUGGACGCUUGACCUCUGAUCUCUGACCCGAGAGGGCUUGGACCUUGUUUCCUCAGGCUUCCCAGGCUGGACUUUGAUGACGAUGAAAAGAUGGAUAUAUUUUUGGAGAUACCUUUCUCAGGUCUGGUUUUAGUUCCCACCACCACCCCUGCCCUGUUUCCCUCAACCUAUCCCAGUUCCGGGGCAGGGACCUUGGGGCCUGGAGAUUUCUUUGGAACAGGGACUGCGGGUUACCCGUUCCCACCUCUGUGAGCUCCCUGACUACACCCCACGUGGUGACAUGCAGAAGGCACCUUGGAGCUCCAGCGCCUCAGAGAGGCUGGGUGGAGGCCACACAGAGUGGCCGUGGCCGUCGGCUGAGACACUGGCCGGCGCUUUCUCCUCUGUGCUAGGGGUGGAGGGCGCGGGGUAUGUGUGGGUACAGCCUAGAUGAGAUGGGUGACAAGGAGUUCAUUUAUUUGGUGAAAUAUUUCUUGAGUGUCUAUGUUCUAGACACUGGAGAUGUGACAAAAAUGCCUGCCCUUCUGGAGUUCAUAGCCUAGUA